AUGUCUGCCCUUUUGAAACAGAGAGUCAGGUAUGCUCCAUACUUGUCCAAGUUAAGAAAGCCCGAGGAAUGUAUUGAGCUCUUCAAGCACGGUCAAUACUUGGGCUGGUCCGGAUUUACUGGUGUCGGUGCGCCAAAGGCUGUCCCGGAAGCACUUCUUAACCACGUGGAAAAGAACAACUUGCAAGGAAAACUUGCUUUUAAUUUAUUUGUCGGGGCUUCGGCUGGCCCAGAAGAAUCUAAAUGGGCAGAAAACUCAAUGAUCUUGCGUAGAUCCCCUCACCAAGUUGGUAAGCCCAUCGCAAAGGCCAUUAACGACGGCAGAACCUUGUUUUUCGACAAGCACUUGUCUAUGUUUCCUCAGGAUCUCACCUAUGGAUUCUACACAAGAAACAAGGAAAACGAUCUUCUUGACUACACUAUAAUUGAAGCUACUGCUAUUACUGAAGAUGGCUCGAUUGUUCCUGGGCCAGCUGUUGGUGGCUCACCUGAAAUGAUUUCUGUUUCCGACAAAAUCAUCAUCGAGGUCAACACGGCAACUCCUUCUUUCGAAGGCAUUCAUGACAUUGAUAUGCCUGUGAACCCUCCUUUUAGGCAACCAUAUCCGCACACCACUGUUGACCACAGAGUCGGACUCACGGCAAUUCCCGUCGAUCCUUCGAAGGUUGUUGCAAUUGUGGAAUCUACGACUCGUGACAAGGUUCCACCAAACACGCCAUCCGACGCAGCAUCAAAACAGAUUGGCGCAAACUUAAUCGACUUCUUCGAACAUGAGGUGAAAAUGGGAAGACUUCCCGAAAAUUUGUUGCCUUUGCAAUCUGGUAUUGGAAAUAUCGCCAAUGCUGUCGUUGAGGGUUUGGCAGACUCGGAUUUCAAAAACUUGACAGUAUGGACUGAAGUGUUGCAGGACUCGUUCUUGGAUUUCUUCGAUUCUGGGUCGUUGGAUUUUGCUACUGCCACAUCCAUCAGAUUGACGGAAGCUGGUUUCAAAAGAUUCGAUGAGAACUGGGAUGAAUUUUCCCGUAAAUUGUGCUUGAGAUCUCAAGUCGUCUCUAACUCCCCCGAGAUUAUCAGAAGACUCGGUGUCAUUGCGAUGAACACUCCAGUUGAGGUUGACAUGUAUGCGCAUGCAAACUCAACCAAUGUCAUGGGUUCCAGAAUGUUAAAUGGACUUGGUGGAUCUGCAGACUUUUUGAGAAAUGCCAAAUUAUCUAUUAUGCACACUCCCUCCGCAAGGCCAUCCAAGAUUGAUCCUACUGGUGUAUCUUGUGUCGUCCCUAUGGCCCCUCACGUUGAUCAAACCGAGCAUGACUUGGAUGUGAUAGUUACUGAACAAGGUUUAGCUGAUUUGAGAGGCCUCGCUCCAAGAGAGAGAGCCGUUGAGAUCAUAAACAAAUGUGCUCAUCCUGACUACAAGGAUCAAUUGAAGGAAUAUUUCGACAGAGCUUGCUUCGCUGCUAAGAAGUCUACUUCAUUGCACGAACCUCAUAUUUUGAGAGAUGCUUUCAAAAUGCACAUGAACUUCCAAGAGAAUGGAACCAUGAAACUCAAGUCUUGGGAUGACAAAAUUUAG